AUGGGUACAAAAAGUAAGAAAAGCAGAAAAUCGAAAGAAGGAGAAAAUAACUCCCUUGUAGAUUCCUCAAAGGAACAAUUGAGUACAGCAAUUGAUACAAAUGCCACUGUCUCAACAGAUGAUGAGGACGAGGAGAAGUCGGUGGCAGAACCGGAAAAGAGAAAACUUAGUAGAAAAAGGAAAAAACACAGCACCAAUGCCAAUAAUGUCGCGGAAUCCACAGAAAAUUUGGAACCCGAUACGAUUGUAGCUGUCAAGGAAAACGUUGAACAUGCGGAAUCUGGAAACAACAAAAGCUAUCGUAAACGCAAGAAACACUACUUCAAUGCCAUUAGGGCUCAGAUGGAAUUUUACUUUGGUGAUGCCAAUCUCAGCAAGGAUCGUUUUCUUAGGCAACUGAUCGAGAAGGAUCCAUUUGUUCCAUUGGAAACAUUUCUUACAUUUAACAAAAUGAAAGCCUUAACAAGCCGAGUUGAAGACAUUGCAAAGUCGCUAAGCAAUUCCCAAUUACUGGAACUAGAUGAAAGCCAACAAAAGGUUAGACGUAAAACUCCUUUAGUGGAAAAUCGAAAUGUCGAUGAUAAAACCUUGUACGUCGAAGCUUUGCCUUCCACAGCCGAUCAUGAGUGGGUGCGUCAAAUCUUUGAAAGGUUUGGUAAAGUCGAGUACAUAUCUCUUCCAAAAUAUGCCAAAUCGCAUAGAAUUAAAGAAUUUGGUUUUGUUGAAUUCGAAAAGGAAGAUAGUCUCAAGAAAGCAAUACAGGCAUUUAAGGAAUUUAAUGGUGUCUUACAAAUGGAUGACAAGGACCCAUCUGAAUUGGUGAGCGUUAAGUCAUAUCUCAAAGAGAAGGCUGGCGAAGAGUUAGACGAUGAGCAAACAAAAGAGGAAAACAGGAAAAGAAUAAAAACCGAAGACGAUGAUGCUGAGCCUAAAGCAAAAAAGGUAAAAACUGAGUCACAAGAUGAGGACCAGGAGUCAGAAACAAAAGAUGAAAAUAAUACAAAGGAUGAGGGAGAAAAUGAAAACCCAGAUGAAGAAUCAAAACAGAAGAAGAAACGUCGAAAACGCAAAAGGAAAUCGAAAUCUGAAGAGAAACUAAAACGAAAGGCGGAACUGAAUACCGAUGUUUCCUAUUAUGAAUUGAAAAUUCUACCCAAAAAAGAUUGGAAACGUUUACGCAAUAAAUAUCUAAAUCUACAGAGAGAAAAGGUGGCCGAAUUAAAAAGAAAAGCAUGGCGAGAGCAACAGGAAUUCAAACAACAAAACAAAGAUAACGUUAAGGAUGAAAACAAUUCACAAUCACCGAAUAAACCCCAAAAGAAAAAAUCCAAGGAUUCCAAACAUAAAUUGCAAAAAAUGAACAUGAAUUUCUAUGGUGCGGCAGCAGAAGAAGAACCACCAAAUAAAAUUCUAGCAACAGAUAAAACACAACAUAAUCCUGCUCUGGAACGUCAACCACUCUUUAGUUAUGAACCGGGUCUCAUUGUAGAAAUGUCUUUUCUGGAACCAUGUGUUAAUGUCAAGGAGUACAAAGCUGAUAUGCGUCAAUAUCCCUCGGUGAAAUAUGUUGACAUUAAAGAGGGUGCCAUGCAAGCCUACCUCAGAUUAGAAUCCGCCCAAUUGGCCAAAGAGUUUGUACAGAAAAUCAGCUGUGCUGAAUAUCAGUGUAAAAUUCUAUCUGGCGAAUCCGAAUCAGCUUAUUGGCAGAAAAUUGAAAAGGAUCGAGAACAAAAGCUUAACAAACAAGUAAAGGUACCACAAAAGCGGGGAAGAGAGAAGGUCAAGAAAUUGAUAACUAAGCAUAUACGUUUCGGGGAUGACGAUGAUAACUGAA